CUCCACCCCCCGCCCUCCGGGCUCCUGCUCCCGGGAGCCCCGCAAACCCCGCUCCGCCCGCGCCCCGCACAGCACCGAGGCUCCCGGCCCGGUCCGCCCCGCUGCCCCUCCCCGGGGCCAUGGGGGCACCCCCGGGCUACCGACCCUCUGCCUGGGUGCAUCUCCUCCACCAGCUGCCCCGCGCCGACUUCCAGCUCCGCCCGGUGCCCAGCGGCUUUGCUCCCCGCGACCAAGAGUACCAGCAGGCCCUGCUGCUGGUGGCAGCCUUGGCUGGGCUUGGCUUAGGCCUGAGCCUCAUCUUCAUCGCUGUCUACCUCAUCCGCUUCUGCUGCUGCAGGCCUCCAGAACCCCAUGGGGCCAAGAGUCCCCCACCCGGAGGAGGCUGCGUCACCUGGAGCUGCAUCGCUGCCCUUCUCGUGGGCUGUGCCGGCAUUGGCAUUGGUUUCUAUGGUAACAGCGAGACCAGCGAUGGGGUGUCCCAGCUCAGUUCAGCACUGCUGCACGCCAACCACACGCUCAGCACCAUUGAUGACGUGGUGCUGGAAACGGUAGAGAGGCUGGAUGAAGCAGUGAAGACGGAGCUGACCACCCUGGAGGAAGUGUUGUCGGACCGCAUGGAGCUGGUGGCUGCCACCCGGGGAGCCCGGAGGCAGGCUGAAGCUGCAGCUCAGCACCUGCAAGGACUGGCCUUCUGGCAAGGAGUGUCCCUGAGCCCAGUACAGGUGGCUGAAGAUGUGACUUUCGUGGAGGAGUACAGGUGGUUGGCCUAUGUCCUCCUGCUGCUCUUGGUGCUUCUGGUUUGUCUCUUCACCCUCCUGGGCCUGGCAAAGCAGAGCAAAUGGCUGGUGGUUGUGAUGACUGCCAUGAGUCUCCUGGUGCUUGUCCUGAGCUGGGGUUCUAUGGGCCUAGAGGCUGCCACAGCUGUGGGCCUCAGUGACUUCUGCUCCAAUCCAGACACCUAUGUGCUGAACCUGACCCAGGAGGAGACGGGGCUCAGCUCAGACAUCCUCAGCUAUUAUUUCCUGUGCAACCAGGCGGUCUCCAACCCCUUCCAACAGAGGCUGACGCUGUCCCAGCGUGCUCUAGCCAGCAUCCACUCUCAGCUGCAGGGACUGGAGCGGGAAGCUAUCCCUCAAUUUUCUGCUGCACAGAAGCCCUUGCUAUCCUUGGAGGAGACACUGAAUGUGACAGAAAGAAGCUUCCACCAGUUGGUGGCGCUGCUGCACUGCCGCAGUCUGCACAAGGACUAUGGCUCAGCACUCCGAGGCCUGUGUGAAGAUGCCCUGGAGGGCCUACUGUUCCUGAUGCUCUUUUCUCUCCUGUCUGCGGGGGCCCUGGCCACCACUCUGUGCAGCCUGCCCCGUGCCUGGGCCCUCUUCCCGCCCAGUGAUGACUACGAUGACACGGAUGACGACGACCCUUUCAACCCUCAGGAAUCCAAACGCUUUGUGCAAUGGCAGUCUUCCAUCUGAGCCUCCCCUCCGGUCUGGAGUCUGCCUCUCCUCUAUGCUCCUUUCCUGGCUGCUGGAGAAGGCCCCACUAACCUGACCUUGACUGGGCUCUGACCACUAACACUGCUGGCUAUGGACACCUCACAUAGGAUGGCAUCCUGCUCUGGCCCUAACAUCCCCCCAUCCCCAUUUCUCCUUAGCACAGGGGAUUGCUGAGGUGGCAUAACAGGGACCAGGGGUGGCUGGGAAGGGGGCUGACCUAUACAGCCUGGUGUUCCUCACCUCUGGCUGCCAGUCCUAUCCUUGGGGGAUGAAGCUGGAGGCAGGUACAGGCAUGUCCCUGUUUCCGGCCAUGCCCCAGCGAUCUCAACCUAUGGUACUAACUUGGAAGAGGGCUGAUUUGAAAUAAAAGGGAAGGCUUUAUUUUACAAGCAGCUAGGUCCUUCUUAUCCACCCCUGUCCCCCACUAUGAGAGAAGGAAGUCCUGACUAGGCUAGGGACACUGCUCCUCUGGUGGUUGAAAGGCAACUCUCCUCUUGUCCAGGCUCAGCACUGCAUUGCUUCUAAAAGUAACAUGUGAAUCCUGACAAGGGGGAAGACGCAGAUCCCGGAAGAGAAUAAGCCUAGCACUAAAUCUAAACAGGCGUGCAUCCAUGGGAACAGAGUCAAGCUUCCAGUCCCGUGGAAUGUCCAAAGCCUGCUAGGUUUAGGAACGGCGUGGAAUCAACUUGCUUCCUAGCAGCUCACACCCAGCACAAGACUCCAGAAAACCAACGCUUGUAUCAGAAUAGGGACAGAAGUCUACAGAGAGAAAGUAGAAUAUUUGCUUAUAGCACCACCAGGGUGGUGUGAAGGGGGAAGGGUUUAGGAAGAUAGUAUAAAUCCAGACAGGAAAAGAUGAGGCUCUCAAUAAGUUAUCAAGUAAAAACAAACAUGGCAGAGUCAAAAGGGAAAUGUACUGUCUGGGAAACAAUACCUAUGUAGUUCUCGUUUGUUUAAAAAAAAAAAAUAGUACACAUGGCAAAGAAAAACGUUAAUACAUAAACAUAAUUCAAAAAGCUUCUAUUAUCUAACAAAAAACAACUCAAUUUAAUAAGUAACUGAGAUGAACAUAGGAAAAAACAAAAACCCCAUGACAAAUGGAUAAAAUUGUCUUUUUUAUUUUGUCUUUUUUGUUGUUUUGUUUGGAGACAGGGUUUCUCUGUGUAGCCCUGGCUGUCCUGGAACCCUCUUUGUAGACCAGGCUGGCCUUGAACUCAUGGAGAUAAGCCUGCCUCGCCUCCCUAGUGCGGAGAUUAAAGGCGUGUAUCACCACACCCAACUAAAUUAUUCAAAUUCUAAUGAUUAGCAAACACAACGUGCAACUCCCCCCCCACCCCCCUUUCUAGUACCUAUUUGUUGUGGACUUUAAAGUGGAGUGUUGGCUGGUAGCGGUCUGGAGGCCCAGGGAAGAGGCUCUCUGAAUAUGCUGCCCAGAGGCUGUGAAUCACCAGCUAUGUGAAAAUAAUAAUAAAAAAGCAAGACAGACAAACAAAAAACCCUGCUCACAUGUGAGAGGAUAAAAACCGCAUCUCUUAACCUGGUAAUCCUUUGGGGGACCAGCUUCCAGAAAAAAAUGACCAAGCAACCCCUGGCUCAGUUAAACCCUGGAGACAAAACAGUAAUCUGCCACAGUGGGACUCGCCCAAAGACCAGCAGCUCUGCACGGGAAGAUGGCAGAGCAGGAUCCUCAAGUGAUGCACAGAAGCACCAGGGGGGAUCCCUGGCUCUUGCACAGUGCUGGGUUGGAUUCCUAGGGGUCCUAGUCCUGGCACCUCAGUGUUAAUGUGGGCCAAGUUAUUUGACUCACUGAACCUCUUUUUUAUUUUAUUAUUUUAUUUUACUGGUUUUUUUGAACCUCAGUUGUGUGGUGAAGCAAAUGGGUAUCAUAAACCCAGAAAACAGCUCUUGACAGGAUGGGUAAAAAAGCAAGACAAAUGCAACAUGUUGCUCUGGGUUACGCUAUGGCACACCGGAAACAGUGAGAAAGAACGCCCACGUCUAAAGUCUGCGGCUUAGUUCAGAAUAUUAAAGCAAUGUCAAUUUCUUACUUUUAACAAAUAAACCAUGGUGAAUUCGAGGUGUGGAAUCUAGCAAUAGGGAAAACUGGGCAUAGUGUGCCCAGUUCCUGUAUUACUUUUGCAAUUUCUGUAAACUUAAAUAUAUUCUAAAAUAAAAGUUCAUUAUAAAAAAAAAAA